GAAGGCUCCAGUGCCCAGGCUGGAAGCUCAAGCACGAGCAGCUCGUGCACCUGGAGCACAACCAGCUCGUCUGGCAGCAGAGAGCAGCAGCGAGAGAGGACAGAGGACAAGUGCCUGGCCAUGCUGAAGAUGCUGGUGAGCGAGGGAGAUCCUGAGGCUAAAUACACAGAACUGGAAACUCUUGGCAAAGGGUGAGUGCAGCCACAGUUCCUUCUUCAAAGAGAGGGGCAGUGUGUUUUGCUCGUGUCCCAUCUCCCCAGAGUGACAUCAGGCAAGUUCCAAAGCUGUUCAGACACUGCGUUAAGAUGAUGCCAGGUGAUCUCUCAAUGCUGGCCAGCAUUUAUAGCUGUGUUGUGAAGGCACAGCCAAGACAUCUGGAUGCUGGCAAUGUCUUGUCUGCGGCAAAGAGCAGCACCUGGCAUCUCUCCUGUCCCUCAAGUGUGUUUGCACCUGUUUGCCGCUUUUCAUAGGAGAAAUAAUUUUUGAGUGUCUCAAAAGAAUACAGAAUACGUGGGAAUGAAAGGAGGAGAAACUUCAUUGUCUCAAAGGUCAAGCUAGCAGCUGACAGCUGUCAGGGAACAGCUCUCAGUAACAUUUCUUUCCAAUAUUUUGCUGCAAAUAAAAUUCAGUAGUCAGGAUGACCACCACCUAGUCUAGAAGCCAAAAGCAGAAAUGAAAGAAGCAGCUCUCUUUUGUGGCUGCGGUGGCAAAAGACAAAGUUUCAGGGGACUGCCCAGUGGCAAUGCACUCUAGAGGAAAAGGCAUCAUCUGCCUGAUGGCAGACUCCUCGUGGAUCCUGUGGGGUUUAGGCGUUUGCUGCAAAGAAUCCACCAAGCUAUUCCCUUUGAAAGCCAGCUCUGCUGACUGUAGAUGGGAUUGAUUUGCAACAUUUUCUCUGUACCAGGUGUUCUGGUUUAGGGCGAAUUUUGGAGGAAACCUCCAGAAAGGGCCCCUCCUAAAAGCAAACCCACAUGGCCACUGCCCCCAGCCAGUUUGGGAAUAAUUUCCUCGGGCAGAAGUGGAAAGAAAUUGUUUAUUUAACAGGGAAAUCACUCCCCAGCACACAAAAUGAACAAUACCGGAUGACAAAACUCAUUUGCUGCUCUGAAGAGAUGGCAAGUUCAGAAAGUCUCUCCUGGGGGUUGUCAUUCUCCAGUGCUGGGAAAGGCUGCAGAGUAGGCCCUGGUGGGCUACAAAGUGUGAGCUCUCGGUGUUUUGCUGGGUCCCAGUCUGGAGCAGGUUCGAAUGGCUCCAAGAAAAGGGAAAGAAAAACACUAAAGGCGAAACUCAGACUACCUUAGCUAGCUAAACUAACUAAAAAGCAAAAGGAGUGUGGUGUGUGGCCCCAUCUGUGCCCAGACCACAACACUGGAGUUCUGUGUUCCAGCAGACUGCGGGGGAGAGUGCAGCUGAUAACAAAACUCUGUGCUCCCUCUUCUCCCGGCCCCUACUGUCUGAUCCCGUCUUGGAGGCACAGAAUAUAACAUCCAGCAUAAACAGAACAAGUGACUGGGGAAACAAGCAUCAUAACGUCACCCCAGAACAGAAGCCAAAUGUACAAGAAGUCGCCAGAAAAGUGGAGUCCUUCCAGUGUCUGUUGCAUCGAAGAGAAGCAGCUGCCAAUGGCUCUGGACCCAGAAUACAGCUGCCUAAGGACCCUGUGUUUUGAGGAUUUCUCCAUUUGUGUGCAGCAAUGGAAGCCUUUGCCUGCUAUGGCUGUGGCUGGACACCACUUUCCUUGCAAGCUGGAGAAGGGAUCUGUGUCUAGAGGCUUUCCUCCAAUGGCUGUUACAUGGCUUCAGGCUUCUCAGAAAAGCCUGAGUGGUAGUGCUUGAGUUUGGCAGACAGACUCCAAGGAGAGGUGUAAGAAGACCCAACGGGCAUAUUCCUGGAAAAAUCCGACACAUGCACAGCUAGAGAAAGAGAAAAGGGAGAAAAGACCCAGAGAAGAAUCUGUCAUGUUCCAUUUACUCUUUGCUCCAGGACUUUGUUCCUGUUGGACUGCAGUGUUUUGCACUAGCAGGGACUAAAGGACUUGUUCUUUCUCUGCUGCUGUUUUGUUUCUAGGGGUUUCGGCACUGUGUGCACGGCAGUGGAGACUGCCACAGGAGAAGAGGUGGCCAUCAAGAAAAUUAGUCUCCUGCAAGAGAGCAGCAGCGAGCUGUGCCUGAAUGAAAUCCAGGUCAUGCGUGGCAGUAAGAAUGCCAACCUUGUGAACUAUGUAGACAGCUACCUGGUGGAUGAGGAACUCUGGCUGGUGAUGGAAUACAUGGACGGAGGUUCUUUACAUGAUGUCAUCAGGGAGACUCGCAUGGCAGAAGGAGAGAUAGCAGCUGUCUCUCGGGAGUGCCUGCAAGGCCUGGAUUUCCUGCACUCCAAGCAAGUGAUCCACCGAGAUAUCAAAAGCCACAACAUUCUCCUGGGCUUGGAUGGAUCAGUCAAGCUGGCUGAUUUUGGCCUUGCUGCUCAACUCACCACCGAGCAGAACAAACGGAGAUCAGCUGUUGGAACAACUUACUGGAUGGCGCCAGAAAUUUUCACCAGGAAGCCCUAUGGCCCCAAAGUGGACAUCUGGUCCUUUGGCAUCGUGGGGAUCGAGAUGGUGGACGGAGCGCCUCCGUACCUGAUGAAAACCUUCCGCACGGUUCAACAGCUGAUAAGCACCGGGGCCCCCCCGAAGCUGCAGAAGCCCAGGCAGCAGUCGGCGUGGCUGCGAGACUUUCUGCACUGCUGCCUGGAGAGGGACGAGGACAGGCGCUGGUCUGCCCAGGAACUUCUGCAGCAUCCAUUUGUAACAUCAGCCAAGCCAGCCUCCUCCCUGACGCCUCUGAUCAUGGCCACACAGGAGUUCAUGGCCGACAGGAGAUACUAGCCCUGGAGGAGGCCUUUGUUGUUGUUUGUUGUUUGAAGUUUGUAGUUUGUAGUUUAUAGCUCGUAGUUUGUAGUUUGUUAUGAGUGAUAGUCAGAAUAAAUACUAUAAUAAAUA